AUGACUGACCAGAGUUUGGAAACAGCUGCCAUGGUCAUUCACACAUCAGACCCCAAACCUAAACCCAAGACCGCUAGUCCCUCCUACCCCAAAACCCUCAAAUCUAAACCCAGACAUGGAUCAGCACAAAGCCGCAUAGCCCAGCCCCCAACCCAAAGCCCCAACCUUCCACCAAGCCCCAACCCCCAGCUCCAAAGCCAAGCCCCAACCCCCAGCCCCAAGCCCACCCCAGCCCCUACCCAAAGGCAAACCCAGCCCACCCCCAAGGCCCCAAUCCCCAGCCCCCCCAAGGCCCAAACCCCAGGCCCAAAGCCCCAAGGCCCCAACGCCCAGCCCCAAGGCCCCAACCCCCAGCCCCAAAACCCAACCCCAACCCCCAGCCCCAAGGCCCAACCCCACCCCAAAGCCCCACCCCAAGGCCCCAACCCCAGCCAAGGCCCCAAGCCCCAACCCCCAACCCCCCCAAGGCCCCAACCCCCAGCCCCAAGGCCCCAAACCCAAUCCCACCCCAAGGCCCCAACCCCACCCCAAACCCCCAGCCCCAAAGCCCCAACCCCAAAGGCCCAAGGCAACCCACAGCCCAAGGCCCAACCCCCCAGCCCCCACCCCCAAGCCCAACCCCCAGCCCCAAGCCCAACCCCCAGCCCAACCCCAGCCCAAACCCCAACCCCCCCAAAGCCCCCCCCCCCAAAGCCCAACUUCCCCCCAGGGCCCCAACCCCCAGCCCCCAAAGCCCCAAAGCCCCAAACCCCACCCAGCCCAAGGCCCCAAAGCCCCAAGCCCCAGCCCAAAGCCCUCAACCCCAGCCCCCUCCACCCAAAGGCCCCAACCCCCAGCCCCAAAGCCCCAACCAACCCCCCCAAGCCCCAAACCCCAGCCCAAGGCCCCAACCCCCAGCCCCAAAGCCCCAGCCCCCCCAAAGCUCCCCCCCCAAAGCCCAAGCCCAACCCCCAGCCCCAAGGCCCCAACCCAGCCCCAAAGCCCCAGCCCCCAAAGCCCCAAAGCCAAGCCCCAAGGCCCCAAGCCCCCAGCCCAAAGCCCAAGCCCCAACCCCCACCCCAAAGCCCCCAAGGCCCCAAAGCCCCAACCCCUCGACUCACCCAGGAUGGUGAUGAGCGCCACGAGCGAAUCGGCCAGAGCCACGUUGAAGCUCAUCACGGUCAUGCGUCCUCGGCUGCUCCACUUCUGCCGCAGGACCCACAUCACCCGGGAGUUGCCCACGACGGCCAGGGCGAACAUCACCGCCAGGAUGCCCAUGCGGAUGUGGCGGUGGUAGUUGGGGCCCAGCACGUCCGGAACCCUUGCACUAUCUGUGUAGAUUCAAAACUAAUUGUACUUAAUAAUCUCAAGACGCCCACGCAAUCCUUUCCAAGUAAAACUGACAUAGGAAAGCCAUGGACUGGAAAUCUGAAUUAG